AAAAUGCCAGCCCCUGAGCAGACCCCGAUGGUGGAGGAGGGGCUGCCACAGACAACACAGGAGCCUUCCACUGGCCCAGGCAUGGAACCAGAGACAACUGCCACUACCAUAUUAGCUUCUGUAAAGGAACAGGAGCUCCAAUUUCAAAGACUUACCAGAGAACUGGAGGUGGAAAGGCAAAUUGUGGCUAAUCAGCUAGAAAGAUGUAGGCUUGGAGCAGAAUCACCAAGUAUCGCCAGCACAAGCUCUACUGAGAAGUCAUUUCCUUGGAGAUCAUCAGAUCCUCCGCCCACCGGUGUAAACAAACCCCAAGUGUCAGAGAGUGUUCAUACCAAUGCCUAUAACAUUAGGACAGAACCAGAACAAGGGAACCUCUACUCACCAGAACAGACAUCUCUCCAUGAAAGUGAGGGGUCCGUUGGCAACUCAAGAAGUUCAACACAAAUGAAUUCUUAUUCCGACAGUGGUUACCAGGAAGUAAGCAGUUUCCAUAACAGCCAAAACUUGAGCAAGUCAGAAAGCAGACAGCAGCAUUCCCUGGUUGGAAACUCCAAUAACCAUUUGGUGAGGAGCUCACGAGCUGAGGGGCAGACAUCAGUCCAGCCUCCGGUGCCCGCGGCGACCCACCGCGCCAUGCGACGCGUCAGCUCGGUGCCAUCCCGGGCUCAGUCUCCCUCCUACGCGGCGGGCGCGUCCCCGUCCCGCGGGUCGCUGCGCACCGCGCAGGGCCUGGGGUCUUCCUCCCCGAAGCGUUCUGGCAUGACUGCGGUUCCGCAGCACCUGGGAACUCUGCAAAGAACUCUCCAUGACAUCGAGCAGUAUGGGCAGCAGUAUGACAUCUAUGAGAGAAUGGUCCCUCCACGCCCAGACAGCCUUACAGGCCUGAGGAGUUCCUAUGCUAGUCAGCACAGCCAGCUGGGACAAGAGCUACGAUCAGCUGUAUCUCCUGACCUGCACAUCACCCCCAUCUACGAAGGCAGAACUUACUACAGCCCCAUCUACCGGAGCCCGAACCAUGGGACAGUGGAGCUUCACCAGGGGUCCCAGUCAGCCUUGUAUCGAACAGGGUCAGGAGUUGGCAAUCUGCAGAGAUCAGCCAGCCAGCGCAGCACCCUCACCUUCCAGAGGAACAACUUUGCUCUGGGCACGGCAGCCGCCUACGCGGAGCCGUUCCGGCCCUACCGCCUGGCAGAGCCCUACGGCAGGCUGCAGCCCCCCGACGAGCCCACCACCCGCUCUCCAUCCAUAGACAGCAUCCAGAAGGACCCCAGGCAAUUUGCUUGGCGAGAUCCAGAGCUGCCUGAAGUGAUCCACAUGCUGCAGCACCAGUUCCCCUCGGUGCAGGCGAACGCAGCUGCCUACCUGCAGCACCUCUGCUACGGGGACAACAAAGUGAAGACAGAGGUAUGUAGGCUUGGAGGAAUCAAGCACCUUGUUGAUCUCUUGGAUCACAGAGUCCUGGAAGUUCAGAAGAAUGCUUGUGGUGCACUGAGAAACCUUGUUUAUGGCAAGUCAACUGAUGAAAACAAAAUAGCAAUGAAGAAUGUUGGGGGGAUACCUGCCCUGUUACGGUUGCUGAGGAAAUCUGUCGAUGCCGAAGUAAAAGAGCUUGUGACAGGGGUUCUCUGGAACUUGUCUUCCUGCGACGCAGUCAAGAUGACAAUCAUUAGAGAUGCUCUAUCAACCCUGACAAGCACUGUGAUCGUGCCACACUCUGGAUGGAACAGCUCUUCCUUUGAUGAUGAUCACAAAAUCAAAUUUCAGACAUCUCUAGUUCUACGCAAUACCACAGGGUGCCUGAGGAACCUCAGCUCGGCCGGGGAGGAAGCCCGGAAGCAGAUGAGGUCUUGCGAGGGGCUGGUGGAUUCCCUGCUCUACGUGAUCCACACCUGUGUGAACACAUCAGACUAUGACAGCAAGACAGUGGAAAACUGCGUGUGCACCUUGAGAAACCUUUCAUACCGUUUGGAACUGGAGGUACCUCAGGCACGUCUGCUGGGAAUCAAUGAAUUGGAUGACUUGUUAGGAAAAGAAUCACCUAGCAAAGACUCAGAGCCCAGCUGCUGGGGGAAAAAAAAGAAGAAGAAAAAAAAAACUUCACAGGAGGAUCAGUGGGAUGGAGUUGGCCCUAUACCAGGAUUCUCCAAGUCUCCCAAAGGGGUGGAAAUGCUGUGGCACCCAUCUGUGGUGAAGCCAUACCUCACACUUCUAGCAGAAAGCUCCAAUCCAGCUACUCUAGAGGGCUCUGCAGGAUCUCUCCAGAAUCUCUCUGCGGGUAACUGGAAGUUCGCAGCGUACAUUCGAGCUGCUGUAAGAAAAGAAAAAGGACUUCCCAUCCUGGUGGAGCUGCUGAGGAUGGAUAAUGACAGAGUUGUUUCAUCUGUGGCCACUGCCUUAAGGAACAUGGCGUUAGAUGUUCGGAAUAAGGAGCUUAUUGGGAAGCAUGCGAUGCGGGACCUGGUGAACCGGCUGGCCGGCGGCGGGGGCGGGGGGCUGGCGGGGCGGGAGGACGCCCUGCACGAGGUCACCAGCAAGAACAUGGAGAACGCCAAGGCCCUGGCGGACACCGGCGGCAUCGAGAAGCUGGUGAACAUCACGAAAGGAAGGGGUGACAGGUCGUCACUGAAAGUUGUGAAGGCAGCUGCCCAGGUGCUGAACACGUUAUGGCAGUACCGAGAUCUCCGUAGCAUUUAUAAGAAGGAUGGAUGGAAUCAAAGUCAUUUUAUUACACCAGUAUCGACACUAGAGCGAGAGAGAUUCAAAUCACACCCUUCUCUAUCAACAGCAAAUCAGCAGAUGUCACCUGUCAUACAGUCAGUUGGCAGCACGUCCUCGUCCCCGGCUUUACUAGGGAUCAGGGAGCCCCGCUCCGAGUACGAGAGGACUCAGCCUUCCAUGCAGUAUUACAAUAGCCAAGGGGAGGUCAUUGCACACAAAGACAUAUAUACUGGUUCCAGCAAACCUUCACCAAUUUACAUCAGCUCCUAUUCUUCACCAGCAAGAGAACAGAACAGGCGACUGCAGCAUCAGCAAUUGUACUACAGCCAAGAAGAUACCAACAGGAAAAACUACGAGGCGUACAGGUUGUACCUGCAGUCCCCGCACAGCUACGAAGACCCGUAUUUCGAUGACCGAGUUCACUUCCCUGCUGCUUCCGAUUACACGACUCAGUAUGGACUGAAGUCAACCACGAAUUAUGUAGACUUUUAUUCCACCAGACGAUCUUCUUAUAGAGCAGAACAGUACCCGGGCUCCCCCGACUCCUGGGUGUAG